CACCGCGGCCCCCAGCUGAGCGCAGCCCGACCGACCCAACCCCCGCAUCAGGGACCGACCGACCGCAGCGCCGCUCGCACCGGGGCCGGCCAUGGAAGGCCCCUCCCGCCACCCAGCAGGACCCGGCCGAGCCGCGCCCGACGCAGACCGACCUCAUGACGACCAAAGCGACGCCCCCGGACCCGGCCUCAGCCCCGGACCCGGCCUCAGCCCCGGACCCACCCCCUCCCGAUGCCUCCGGUUCCUCGCCGAGGCUCCUGAAGGUACACAAAGCAGCACACCUAAGAUAUUGGAGGACAUUGUAUGGACCAACGUCAUGACUCCUGCUGGGCAGUGUGUUGACAGUUGUGAAGUUGUAAAUUUUCAAAACUGUGAAGUGAAAACAAUGUGGUCUUUGUCCGUUCCAACAUACAAGCACAAUUUGCACUGUUCCAGAUAUGAAGACAGUAAUAGCCUUAAUUCUGAAGACUCUGGUAUUCCCACGCUCGAAGUUGGAAAUCCAGAACCCAUCCAUUGUGGUGUGUUAAACGUCAGAACAAACAAUGUUGACUCAUCCCGGUGUGCUGGAUAUUCACACGACAAACAUGGACAAGGUUCAGGUAGUCUCCCACCUGGUGUGUGCUCGCCGGCUAUACGACUGGAGACCGACAGUGCAUUACGAAAAUCCUCAACGUUCCCUCGCUCUGGUUAUGAUAAUGUGAAGCUGUACAGUCCAUCUGCCAGAGGAGUAAACAAAGCUGAUGAGAUAUCUGUAAGCAGUAUUUCAAGCCUGAGUACUGAACUAUCCACAACUCUGUCUGUAAGCAAUGAGGAUAUUUUAGAUAGUCUGGUGACCAGUGAUUCCAGUGCAAUUGUAAAUCUGGAAACUGAUGAGGCACAGUUCACUGACAUCAGUCUAAAUUCUUUCAGAGACACUUCCAUGCAAGCAGAUGGUUCUUCAGAACACGAGACCAAAUACAAAAAAUUUGGUACACUUGCCAGUUUUUUUACCAGGAAUUUGUUUGCUAAGAAACUAAAAGAUUCCAUACCAUUAGACCAGAAUACUCCAGGCUGGAAAUUGUUUGGGAAGAUGCCAGCCAAGGAAAGCACUCUCAAAGAUUCCGAGAGAAUUCAGCAGGAAUAUGAAGAAGGAUGUGGGAGAGCUCAGAAGUCCCCCUCUCCGAAUCAAUGUGUAAGGAAAAAUCUAGACUUCGAACCUCUCUCCACAACAGCCCUUAUUCUUGAGGACAGGCCAGCAAAUCUCCCAGCAAAACCAGCUGAAGAAGCUCAGAAACAUAGGCAGCAGUAUGCGGAGAUGGUGGCUCAAGUGAAAAGACGAGAACAAAAAGAUGCCCAGAGACGAAGGAAGCUAUUGGAAGACAGGUGUAAACUGGAGGAAAGCAUUGGUAAUGCUGUGAUGACUUGGAACAAUGAAGUCCUACCCAACUGGGAGACUAUGUGCAAUUCUCGUAAAGUUCGCGAUCUCUGGUGGCAAGGAAUUCCUCCAAGUGUAAGAGGGAAGGUGUGGUGCUUGGCAAUAGGAAAUGAUUUAAACAUAACUCACGAACUAUAUGAAAUUUGCUUGUCGCGAGCUAAAGACAAAUGCAGAUCUCUCAGUACAGCACACUCGGACAUAGACAAUGAAGAUCAAGGAUUAUCUGCAGCAGACAGGGAAGCCAGUCUAGAGCUCAUAAAAUUGGACAUUUCUCGUACAUUUCCUAACUUUUGCAUUUUUCAGCAGGGAGGUCCUUAUUAUGAUAUACUGCACAGCAUUCUAGGAGCAUACACCUGUUACAGACCUGAUGUAGGAUAUGUGCAAGGAAUGUCUUUCAUUGCUGCCGUGCUGAUUCUGAACCUGGAUACUGCAGAUGCCUUCAUUGCCUUUGCUAAUUUAUUGAAUAAACCAUGUCAAAUGGCAUUUUUUCGUGUGGACCACAGCCUUAUAUUGAAAUAUUUUGCCGCCUUUGAGGUGUUCUUUGAGGAAAAUUUACCAGGGUUGUUUACACACUUCAAGAAAAACAACCUUACCCCAGAUAUUUAUUUAAUUGACUGGAUAUUCACGCUGUACAGUAAAUCUUUUCCUCUGGACCUUGCUUGUCGUGUCUGGGAUGUAUUCUGUCGUGAUGGAGAAGAAUUUCUUUUCAGAACUGCUCUGGGAAUCUUGAAGCUUUAUGAGGAUAUUUUGACCCAAAUGGACUUUAUUCACAUGGCACAGUUCCUGACCAAGCUCCCUGAGGAUAUGUUAGCCGAGGAUCUAUUUGGAACCAUAACAGCCAUUCAAAUGCAGAGUAGAAAUAAAAAAUGGGCUCAGAUACUCUCAGCAUUGCAAAAAGAUACAAGGGAGCUGGAUAAAGGAAGUCCUGCUAUGAAGCGAUAACCUGUAUAUAUGAAUGUUUGAAGCCAUGUUGUAGUCAAUUGAGUGUUAGACUCAAAAAAUGGAAAUAAGACUUUGUAUGUCACAGUGAUGGGUUUCUUACUGCGAUUUACAACAUCGUGUUAUUUGAUACUAACACUGGAGUAAGCCUUAAAAGAAUAUUCUUAUAUAAUUGAAAUUAUGGAUGCAGCCUUAAGAUUUUUGCACAGCCUCUUCUCCUAUGUAUCAUAGGCAGUUGUUUUAUUUUAAUCCCAAUAAUAUUUCUAAAUAAAAUAUUUAUUGCACGUCAACUAUACCUAAUUCACAACAUACUGUUAAGUAUAUUCUCAUAUUUGUCAAAUAUGAUAUCUAAACCUUCCAUGUCCAAACAAUGGAAGUGAUCACUAAAUGUGGCAGUCUAGUUUAUCUUUCAUCUUUGCUGCCUUUUUUCUCCAUACUACUUAUUCAAAAAAUCUAGGUAACAUUAAACUUAAACCAUAAACCUUAUUCCCAACACAUUAAUUAAUGCUUAAUGUAACCGAUGCAUCCAACUUCAGGCUAGUUUUUAUUUUUAACACUUUUGCAGUUAUCCCUUUACAUACACCAAAAUUACAUCUUAUUUUGCAUAUAAUUGCAGAAUUGUAUGCUUCCUUAUAUUUGACCUAACUCUGCUGUUCUUGACUUAUAAAUGCAACAGCACUAUGGCUGCAUCCAUUCAUCACAAGCUGUUUAGAAUAAUACCACUAUUUUUGUUCUCAUAAGCUUUGCAUUUGAAGUAGAGCUGCUGUCAUUUUGGUGCUACCUGUGCGGGUACGAGAGUAAUAGAACAAUAUGAUCUAGAGCAGCAAAAUAAGUUUAUAGACAACAAAAUGUAAUACAAUUUCUACUUCGUUAUAACAUUUUCACAAUAACUCUGGCAUUGCUGUAUUGUGAUCAGUGAAUAUGACAAUUAAAACAUUUGUCAAUGGGUUAAACACUGUCUUUAUAGUAAGGAGAAAUUGCUGUUUGCAGGCAGAAGAGGGAACUCGGUGUCUGUGUACUUAUAAAUGUGUGAUAUAUUUCUUGGUAAUCUUUAGCUCAGGGCAUUUUUCUCUGUGAAAGUAAAUAGCUUCAUCCAACCACCAGAAGUUUAAAAAGAGGCUAAAAUAUUAACUUGCUUUUUCAUAGCUGCUUAAUCUCAUGUACGAUUCGUGACCUGAUACUUGCACUUUCAUAUCAUCCUUUUGGAAAAAUAAGAAUAUGAUAUAAAACUUGGGAAUUUUGGAGUUUGGUUACAAUCAACUUGGCGCUGUGCAUACACAUGCACACUUUUCAUCUUGAGCUUUAACCCAGGGUGACUUUUCUAUCACUGCACAUCAUUACCAUCCAGUCCUAUACAUAUUUUCCAUUCUGGGAUCUCAGCAGGGUCUAUUUGGAGUGCUAAGUGCUUUUCUUCAUGUUUCCAUAUCUAGCUGUAGCAGCCCCACCACCAGCCUGCAGAGAAAGCUGAUUCUAUGCAAACAAUUGUUUGAAUCUACAAUUCUGGAAUCUGUUCAACAAACAUAAGUUUAUUUUGACAAUGAGAUAACUGGACAACAAAAAGUAAUCUAAGGCAGUUCUGAUUUCAGCCUUGAUUCUACUGAAUCUUUGAUACUGGAAUGUGUUACCAUUGUUGAUGUUGCAGCCAGUUACUGAAUUGGUGAUGUGCAAUUUGUUUAUCAGGAUAGUUGCUGAGUAACAUCCUCAUUUGAUAGAACUAGCACCAAAUAUUUGAACUGAAAAUUGUAUUUGGAUUUUAUUCCAAUCUGUCAAAUUAGGCUGAUUUCAGGGAUAUUAGGUCAACUUGUAAAACACUUCCAAUAUAUUCAUUCCCACUUAACCUCAAACAUUGUUCCAACUUUAUCUCACGAUUGGUUGUUCUGAGGUUUAUAAGCAGAGAUGGAAUAUCUCCAGGACCAGAAAAUGUUUGUGUGUGAUUUGAAUUUUUUCUGUGGAAUAGGGACUGACCAUAGUACCAAAUUUGAUAACAGUGGUGUUCUAGCUUGUUCCAUUUUGUGUGGUUGUUGUGCGUGCUCCUGAGUGCAUUGAUGUGUGGAAUGUCUCUAAAAAUCAAGCGUACAAUGGAGACAGCAUCCCUUUGAAGAUCAAUUAUCCUUCAACGGGAUGUCGAAUGUUCAUGACUGUUACAAUAUUUGAAAACCUAAUUUGAUUACAGAAAGAGAUUCCACAUUUUGCCAUUUUAAAAUACAAUGAAUCAAAAGAAAUGUAAGAUUACAAUGGCUGUGAAUGUAUUUUAUUCUGGUAUCGUGUAAAUUCAGCAGUUACGUCACAUUAAUAACUGCAUUUAUGCUGUGGAAAGCUCUGGCCAGUGUUGACCACUUCACAAGAUAAUCAUCCCAGUGGCUUUUGCAAAAGUGAACUAUCCAGUCCUUAGCUGUUGAUUGCUCUAGGAGUUGUAAAUAUCAUAUCAGCACUCUGUUAACUCAUUUUACACAAAUUUGCACUUGUGUAAAAUGUCUUUAACUGGUACUCGUUGGUCUACUUCAUCUUCAGUUUUUUGUGUGCAGUACUCUCAUCAUACAAUGCUUUUUUAUAGAUGUGAUUCAUCAUGCAGAUGAAGAUUUAUUUUGGUAGUGUGAAGAAUUAAAUGCUGCAAUAAUUGAAUAUUUGCACAGUUACUUUUGAAAUAAUUAAUUGUGAAAUAUCCCCUUUAUGGGGUGUGGUAGUUGAGCUGAGAAUUAUUUCAUGAAUUUGAUAAGGUUUGAGGCACGGUAACAAACAAUGCAAUUAAUAUAUGUAUAUAAGUCUCAAUUUAGCUAUUUCAAAUUGUACAGAUUUAAAUGUAUAACUAUCUGUUUUGACAGAUCACUUCAUUGUGACUGCAAUGUGAUGUAUUACAUUAUUUCUGGAUUUUGUUGGCACUGGAAGUUAUUUUCACAUAUUUUAACUGUUCACUCUGGCAUAUAAUUGACACCAUUUCAAAUUUGAACUAGUGUUUUAAAAAGCCCGACUGUAAUUUUAGCAAUGUUCCACACCCUAUUAAUGUUUAAUUUACUUCAGUCCUGGGCAUAAGUAAGGUCACAAGAUUAUAAAAGAAUGUGUACCAAAUACAGAGUGUUAGAUUUCCCUUUGAAUGUAAAUAAGAGUUUUUCCUAAAAUAUCUGAAUAAAGAUGGAUAUAGAGAAA